UGUAUCUCCCGUGGCUGUCUCCCCGCCCUUUACGUGUGGUCUAGUGAUCUAGUCUCGGUUACAUUUCUCCUUCGUUUCUUGCGAUUUAUUCCACAGAUUAUCCGUGAUAAUGCAAGCGAUCAAGUGUGUUGUGGUCGGCGACGGGGCCGUGGGUAAAACGUGCUUGCUGAUUAGCUACACAACAAAUGCAUUUCCUGGUGAAUAUAUCCCAACGGUAUUCGACAACUAUUCUGCAAACGUCAUGGUGGAUGGUAAACCGAUAAAUCUGGGCCUUUGGGAUACGGCUGGUCAAGAGGAUUACGAUAGGCUCAGGCCACUUUCCUACCCACAGACCGAUGUCUUUUUGAUAUGCUUCUCGCUGGUAAAUCCUGCUAGUUUUGAAAAUGUGAGAGCCAAAUGGUAUCCUGAAGUCCGUCAUCAUUGCCCGACCACUCCAAUCAUCUUAGUUGGUACCAAACUUGACUUACGCGAAGACAAGGAAACCAUCGAACGACUCAAGGACAAAAAGCUGGCACCAAUCACUUACCCUCAGGGUUUAGCAAUGGCUAAGGAAAUUGGAGCUGUCAAGUACCUAGAGUGUUCAGCCCUGACGCAGAAAGGCUUGAAGACUGUGUUUGAUGAAGCGAUACGUGCCGUUCUCUGUCCACCUAUCCAUCCCAAGCCAAGACGCAGAUGUUUUCUGCUAUAAUAUUAAUUGUUUCAACCAAUGGCAGUAUAUAUACCUAUAUAUCCACUUUGUUUUUCCAUCCCUCUCUCCAUCUGUUUGUUCCGCACAGCGUACAGACCAUCUUCAAACAGACAAUGCUAACAAGAAAUGUUGGACGUACGUAGCAGUCACCACUGCAGCUAGCACAAGUUCAAAAUGCACAAAGCGGUGUGUAGCUGCACAUUGUAGCUUUAUCCAAACACACACGUACUAUACCUAUGGAUAGAAAGUUAUAAAAAGAUAUAGCCAACUAAAUUUCACAAUUCAUUAGUAAAAGACAAUAGCAUUUUCAGAGGGUAAUGAUGAUCUUUGUUGUUUUUCUAUGGCAUAGUUUGUAUUCAGAUUUUCUCUUUAUUCAUUAUAUUAUGUUGUGAAAUAGUUUUGAUAAUAUGCGGACAACCAUUACAGAAAUCAAAUGAGUAAAGCGUUAUAGCUAUGCGUGAUGAACACAGUUAAGGAUGUGAGAACAGCUUGGAUUAUGGUGGCUUGGCUUAUGAGACAAGAGGGAUGUAGAAGGAACCAAACUGAUUGUGUACAGUAUAUUAGAGUAUAUUAUUAAUAAUUAUAUAUAAAUGAUGAAAAAAAUUAACCCUACUAUUAUUAUAUUAUACAUACCACAAAAAUUAUAGAUAUAUAGAUUUUACGUAUACGCGAUUUUAAUAACAUUACAUAAUGAUAAACAAAUGCCAUUGCUGUCUCCAACACACCUCUAACUACCCACCCAUUACCAGCCUCUGUGCUUAUGAUCAAAUCAUUUCGCGUGAGUCCAAUAAUUUCUACUUUAUGAUUCUUUUUGAGGUUCACAUGUACAUUCAACAUUAUUGUAGUAAAAUUUGGGCCGACACUUGCUUAUGAUUGAUAAAGGCUUUGACUAACGACAAAGAAAAAGUAUUGACAGACCAUAAUAUACAGACACAUCUCAAAAGUCAGUAGCAAGGACAUUUUUUGUACUGCACUUUACGAAGAGUGAAAAAGCGCUUGGCAAUCAGUAGAUAAAAUUCUGAAUUCAUCCAGGUAUAAUAUUCCAUCGAAAGGUUUGUCUAUUAAUUAACACUAUUUGCCGCGUGUAAAGUGCAAAAAGCUAAAACGUGCGAUUCUCUUUGUCUUGAUUGGAAAAUUAUAUGACUGUAUGUUUCACAGUAAACUAUGAUAUUCUUAACGUUACAAACUUGUGUUGAAUUUGGUUGAAAUUGACUAUUAUUAAGAAUUCAAAUAAUUUUUUUUGUAAUAAACAAUGUUUUAUUGCGAACUCUGUAAUUAACUGUAAUAACAGCUUGUAAUAAUUACAGAACAAAUCAAUUUCAGGUUAAUAAUAAAUUACAAGUGUUUAGUGGUGUCAGAGAAUAAAAAAAGGUAGAAAGAGAGCAUGCGAGGGAGGGAAGUAGAGAAAGUCAGAGAAAGAGAGAGUGCGAGAGUGCGAGAGAGGGGCAGGGAGGGAGAGAGAGAGAGAGAGAGAAAAUGUGAAAUUGAAUGUAGAUAAAAUCACAUUCUAAUUGUAUAUAAUUGCUGACGUGAAAACUUAUUCCUAUUAUUAUCGUAAUGUAUUAGCUACUAAACGAAUCUAAAAUACACGUUGCUUGUUUUUAUAGUAAACAAAAUGCCCAGGUCUCUAUCACAUCUUGUACCAAUUGUAAUAGAUGAUCGUGUAGCAGUUGUAAAUUACAUGCAAGGUUACGACAGGAUAAGAACGAGUUAUUAGAAUUCGAAGAAACCGUUGCCGUAACUAAAUUGGCUUUAUUAAAUGGGUGUUUAUUA